AUGCAAUCAAGCUAAAGUGUUCCACAAAGCUCGGGUUACUCAUAAAAUAGGAGUCUUUUGUAAAGUACUGGGUCACAAGCAGUACAUUCUGUUCGACAAGGCUAAGCUUAAAACAAUGCAGCUGGAUUUCUCAAUGUUGGCUACAGAUCUCAAAUGGGAAGUAGAAUGAAUACAAGUGCGUCUUAGCCUGUUUUAAAUACAGCAGAUUAGAAAUUUUAAACAGCAACAAACAGAAAUUAGACUUAUAAUUUGUCUGAGAAUCAGGUCAGAGAUUUCAUGAAUUAAUUAUAAAAUUUCAACAAAGAAUUCGGAUAUUCGAGAGACCCCGAAGUAGUUUAAGAGGAAAAAUUAGCUAAAAAUGACUUGUAUAGGGAGCUCAAUGAUGUACAGUCACUUCAUUACAAUAAAUAUUUCUAUGGAUUAGCUCCCGAUGAUCCUAAAAAUAGAUUCUAUUAUGGAAUGAAUAAUCAGGGUUAUUAUAAUCAUAACAAUGUAUAUGUGCCUAGUGGAGAUAUAAAUGAUGGAAAUUUAAUGGCAAAUGGUAACUUUAGACUUUAAGCUGAGGGUAGGUAAAACGGUUAUUACUAUUCCUAAAUGAGAGCUAAUGAAUUCAAAAAGCAUUUGGGAGUAGGGAGAAUUCUCGGAAAUAAUGAGAGAUAAAGUGAAAUCGACCCUAAAAUAUUAGAUACAGCAAAUGCUAUACUUUAGCAUUAAGAAAGACUUAAAAUUAGAUUAAGAGACAAAUACAGAAGAGCAAAUCAGGGAUUAAGAAAAGUUCCAGAGGACUAAAAGGUAUAAUAAAAAAACAUUUAAAUUUAUUAGUAUAGAAAUAGACAGUUGCUAGCAAUUUAUUCAAACAUUGAAAAUUAGCAAAAGAUGGUACUUGAGCUAGUCAAUAGCACCAUAACUGCUAGAGAAAAAGAUCUAGAAAAGAAGAAUCAGGAAUUAAAAAGAAAGAUUGAAGAGCUUGAGAGAUAAUAAACAGUUGACCCAAUAAGUGAGAGCGAUAGUGAUGAUGAGGAUGAUAAUCAGAGAAUAGGAACCAAGAAACAGAGUCAAAUUAGUUCUCCUAAAAAGUUUGGGUUACCAGGUACUAGAAAUGCUCCAAAUCUCUAAGGCUAAAGAAAAUCCUUACCAUUUUAGGAUGAUGACGAAGAAGUCGAGCAUGAAUUCGCUGAUGAGUAUAUUGAUCAUGGAAUAGAAGGAGUUUUAGAUAAAUAUUAGGGAUAAGUUGGAAAACUAAAUGAUUCUAGUUAACUUCCAGGUGAUUAGGGCAAAAUGAUGAAUCAAUCUUAAGGCAAAGGUUUCACCUUAUAAAGAAAAGAUAAGUAUUCAUAUGAGGAUCCUGAUAUGAAAAAAAGACCUACUACUCCACUUUAUCUUGAUGGUUUAAAUAUGAAUAUUCCUUCGUAGAUCAGAGUGCCAGCAUUCUUUCCGGAUAUGCCAGAGACUUAGAAAAUGUUGAUUUUUAGAAGGCAAGACAAUAAGAAUUAGAUCGAUUAAGAGAACAAACAAGAAAAGACGGUCCUGAACCAUUGCUAUAAGGAUUAGUAAGACUACUUUACUUUUCUUAUUUCAAUUUAGGGUUUACCAGAAUCAGAUAGAUCUGAUGAUUUACUGAGAAAUAUGUAAGGCUGGGAUGACAAAUUAAUGAAGGAAUAAUAAAAGCAAGAAUAGGAAUAACAAAUGAAAAGAGAUAAAAACAACAUGCUUAAAGACAGGUUUAAGGAAGCCUUGAGGAGAAAAUAUGGCUUAGGAAAAGUUAAAGAUAAAAGAAGAAGAAAGGUGAAGUUAUUUGCAUUCUUUGUUUUUCUGAGUUUAUGGUACUAAGUCUAGAAAAAUAAAGUUGGUAAGAGGCAAAAAGCAAUAUAGGAUAUGGAAAAUGGAAUAAGAAUUUACACUGAAGUUGGAAGAUAAUUCAUGCUCAAGGCAGUUAAAAACAUUCUUAUUAAUCUUGUAAAUGAGCCAGAUCUAGAUUUAAGCGUAAAUGAUUUGCCUAAAUCACAUGGUUAAACUCUAAGUAGACAAUAGCAAAAUAAGAUUGUAAAAAUUUAAGUCAGAAUUAAGGGACUGCUUCAGAAUAUAUUUAAUGCAGCCAAUCCUUAAGAAUUUCCAUAGGCUCUAUCCAAAUUUUUGGGGUUGUAUACUCAAGAUGGAGCAUAUGUUCCAAAGAAAUACCUUUCAAACUUUGAAUAAAGUAGAUUGAAGAUAGAUUCAUAUGGAGCGAUGUAAGAAUAGUCAUUUGAUUAGCAGAGUUUGAUGGUUGGAUUCUUUUUAUUCACAAAAAUUCUUGUCGGAUAAUUACUGUUACAAGCAGACUAGUAUGUUGGAAUAAGAACAGAUAAGAAUCAGUUAUUGAAGAAAAAUUUAUAAGUACUGGCAACAUUCAUCUAAGAAAUUGUAGCGGAUUACUUUAUCUAAAAAGCACAAGUGAUAUCACCAGUGCCCAACCCUCAAGAUGAUGGAGUUAGAUAAAAUUUAAUUCCAAGCUAAGAAUUAGAUGCAUUCUUCAAAUUUUGUGAUAAAUAGUGGAGAACUUUUUUCAGGAACCAUGAAAAAGAUAGGAAUGAUGAUGGUCAAAGCGAAGGACACUUUAAGGUAGCUAUCCUUCAUGAGCAAUGGUACCAACACCUAGCUUAACAGAAAUCCUAGCUUCAACACAUUGAGAUAAUGAUAUCAAUUAAAGAAAAGUCUUUGAAGAGACAAAUAAUGUAAAGGGAUGGAAUACUCAUGAAUAGAAAUAUGUUGAGUUCUUUCAAUAUAUCAAUUGAAGAAGAGAGUAACAGAGAUUAUAAGAAUUUUCUGGGACAGGCAAAGAUGACUCGCUUUUCUUUUCAUUAGGAUGAUAAUGAAGCUGGAGACACGCUAGGAUUUUUAGAUAUUAAGAAACCAUCCAACAAAUACAAAGAUUUCCAACCUUUUCCGAAGGAAUAAGAAAUCAAGAUUGAUAAUGGACUUAGUGAUAUUAAGAAACCUUAUUACCCUGAUUUCGGAAUGCCAACUUUCUACUAAUUUGAAGAUUCAUAGCCUGCUAAUUGGAAGAAGAUGUUAUAAAAGGAAAGAGAGGAGAGAGAAAAGCAAGAGAAGCUAAAUUUGCUUUAAGGUAAUCUUGGUCUAAAAAGGAGGCUUACACUUACCAAGAAUAAAGAUUUUAGAGAAUAAGAGGAGAAGAAUUUAGAAAACUCUCUUAUAUCUAAUCCCAGAAUGCAGAAACGAUACAUCUAAAUGGGUUCAAAAUUUAAAAAGCUGAAGACUGAUGUCAGCAUAAUUAAUUAGUAAUAUGAAUUAUUUGGAGGAUUCUUAGAACAUAUCAGAUAGUAAAAUCUGCGGAAAUUGAAUCAAUCAAUUGACUUUACUGUUCAUAAAUCUCAAAAACUUGAUUCAAAUCCAUCUUUUAUUCGCAGAUCAUUCCAGAGAGAUCGAAGAGAGGGUAAUAAUGAUAAUGAAAUGAAUUUUGAAUUAGACUCUAGAUAAAAUAUAAGCAUGUUUGAUAAAUAUAAGCAGAGAAUACUUUCAACUACUAACAAAAGUUUUCAAAUUCAAUAGAAUUAAUAAAACCAAACAAGAAAAGACAGGGAUAGUGAAAAUCCAUAUUCUAGAACUAUACCAAAUACCAUUAAUAAUUCACCUAUCUUGAGCCCUACAGGAUAACCUAAAUUUAUAUUCAAAGAUAGGGAACUGUAUGCCCGCAGAUUUGAAUAGAAGCUAUAAAUGUUGGAGAGUAAACGAAUUCAGCUUAGUGAGAAUAUCUAUGACAAAAAGGAUUCUUUAAGAGUCAAAAGCUAGCUUAAACAAUGGUUGAAUGAGAACAAACUUAAUAAUAAGAGCAAUAAUUAUAUGGAAUUCAUAGACAAAAUGAAUAACAAAAAAGGCAAGAAAAAACGUGACAGAAGAGUCAGUACAAGUAUAGAUUUUAAAAGAUAGAUUGAAUCGCCUGAGAUAUCAGAUAGUGGAGAGGGAAGAGAUAUAAAACCAGGAGAAAAAUUUUUAAACGAUAAGUUAUUCAGUGACAUGAGUGAUUAACUAACUCAGACUCAGACACCGCUUGAAAAGAUAGAUGAGAAGAAAAAGAACUAUAAAGUCAAAAAACUACCUAAAAUGAAAUUGCAUACAUCUAGUUUGAAAAAAAGGAAAAUAAUGGAAACCUUAAACAUCUAUAAGAACGCUAUUGUAUUAGAAUGA